GAGUACGUGGUUGUGAUUUAAGCAGUGUAGUAUUGGAGGAUCACGAAAAGCGUGAUAAUCAGCGAAAAAAUCAGUAACCUUGUGGAAUAGUUGUAAUAGUCGCCAUAUUGUUUGUACGCACGUUGCUGGCUGACUAUCGUCAGUAUAUAGUAAAGUUAUCUUUAUUGUGUCGUGUCGCAACGUAACGAAAAAGAACGACAAGACGAGGGAGCGCCGUGGAGAAAGUAAACUGAUAGUCACCAUUGCUGUCCAAGUGCUCUACACUUAUAUGUGUGGAGACUGAAAGUGGAAGGCAGCGUGUAGGAAAUUACACGUGUUACGAGUGCAAUGUCAAUCCAUCGCGGCGGACCUCCAGGUGCCGUCGCAGUAACAUACAAUUCAAUGGCGCCAUUAUCACCAACGCGAAGGUACAGUAGCAGUAGUACCGGAACAACGACCUCCAGCGGAACAACAACCACUAAAUUUAAUAGUUGUAGAUCAUCAAAGGCACUUGAACACAUGAGUUACAGUGCGGCAGCAACAUCUACCACUUGUUUAUCUGGGGCUAGAAAAAAUUAUUAUUCCCCUGCAAGGUCAGUCUCGUCGUACAGUGAAGGCGGAUCGGUCUCGUCGACAGCCAGCAAGUUGCCGCCAAAGUUUUCAUCAACAUCAACGUCUUCAGCAUCCACAACAACCUCAUCGGUUUCGUCUUCAAACAAUCGUGAUCGUUACAACAAUUUAUCAGCGUCGAAUAAUUUAACCGAUAGUGAAUUUCGGUCAAAAUACUCACCUGACAACUACGUACCGUCGAUAUACCGAAGCAACGGGAGCAACAGUAGCCUCAGUAGCAACAGCAGUACGUUAAAUGGUCACUGCAAGUCAUUUCCAACAUCCUCAUCAACGAGUGGCCUAGCAGAGCUUCACGGUGGCGAUGAACGGGACUCAAUUGGUUACCGUGAGCAUCGUGACCGUUCAUACUCAAACGAAACAACAAAUUCACUAGUCGGUGGGGACAAGUGGGCUGUCAAUAAUCGACACACUAAAAGAAGAAAUAAUCCAACAAACACCCUGUUGACCGGGCAUGAUCAAAUUGACAGCGCUGCGGCGCCAACCGAGGUAACGCACCAUCAGACAUCAUCAUCAUCAUCAUCUUUGGAACAAGAUCACGAUAGCAAUAUUAUUCCGGAUAUCGCGAGAAAUAAUAUCCUUCACCACGGGAAUAACGUCAAUAAUAAAACGGCUAUUGCUGUUGUUGACAAUGACAACAACAACGCCAACAAUAACAAUGACCAUGACCGUCAACAACAAUACAGUGACGAUCAGCAUCAUCGUAUUAUUAACAAUCACAAUGACCGCGACUAUGACGAUAAUUAUUUAAACCAUCACGGUCAUCCGACAUUGGCUGGCUAUACGCAAAGAUCAUAUUCUUCAGUAACAGCAGCAACAACACCUGCUGUUACUACGACAACGACAACAAUAACAACUACAAACACUGCUACAAUUCUUUUACUCUCGUCAUCUCCUUCCUCGUCAUCCCUAUCAUCAUCCACUACCUCCCAUCAAUUAACAAGCCCUGUAGACUCUCCUGCUUCCGAAUCGUACAAUUCCACGACAACUACACCGUUAACUACGCCAAUAGCUUCAAUAGCUAGUGUUACCGAUAAUUAUACUUUUUACAAUACUUUGUCGUCGACGUCAGCCACGUCUGGUGAUGGUGGUGGUAGUGCUGCACCCGCUGAUAAUAGAGCUUGCUCGUGGACUAAAAAAAUACCGCCCACUAAUCCCGAUAACAGUACGGAGCUGGUGACUAACAAUAAUGAUCAGGAAAAUUCAAAUUCCCGUAACAAUCCUGUUUUAAAAGAACCGACUACCGGAGCAGUCUCCACUGUUGGAGAUACUUUGUUAGAGAGCUUGCAUUCUUCUAUACUUAGUACGCAUUUUUAUAGUCUUGAAAGUAGUAAUUCAUCAACAAAUCGGAUGUCUAAUGAUAAUAAUGAUUAUCAACAACAGCAACGCCUAACAAGUAAGAGAGAUGUCACAAAUAACUCUGAUGAUGGGUUCGAUGAAAUACGCUUGGAAUCAAAUGAAUAUACUGAUGAUUUUCCAUUAGAUAAUAAUAAAUAUUUAGAAAACGUUAAGACAAAUAGUAUAAUUGAAAAACCUCAAGAUAAUAAUCCAACCAGACCAGCGUACAGUCAAGUCGCCAGUGGCUUUUGUAAAGUACCAGUAGAUCUUAAUACCAAGGUGACAUCCAGACCUCUAGGUACUCAUAACGAUGAUUCUGGGAAAGCAUCCAACUCAAAAGCACCCUUUGACUGGCAAAAGGAGGAAACUCUCGCUGAUGGCGCACGGUUUAAUCCAUCAUCCUCCUCAGCAGGGAGCAGCAAUUUGAAUCCACCAGUUGGUGUUCAUCAGGGCGUUUCUCGUGGAAUCAACGACCAGAUUGAGGAGAGUUCGAGCUCAAGGCCACCAAGGAGUAGUCGAAUACCUACACGACGAGACGAGAAUUAUGGCCUCAAUGGAUUGAGAAAUAUUGGAAAUACAUGUUUUAUGAAUAGCGUGAUCCAAUGUCUCAGCAACACGAAGCCAUUACUUGAGUACCUGUUAAAUGAACAGUACUUGAAUGAUAUUAAUCAAACGACAUCCAGCAUGAAAGGUGCCUUGAUAAAAGCUUUCGCUCAAGUUAUUAAUGAACUUUGGGAGAGCAGUGGUGAUCACGUAGUUAAUACUUCAUCAUUAAAAAAUCAAAUCCAAAGAUUUGCUCCAAGAUUCAUGGGUUACGCCCAACAGGAUGCUCAAGAGUUCCUUAGAUAUCUGUUGGAAGGAUUACACGAAGAUGUCAACAGAGUUGCUGUUAAACCUCAACCUAUUCUUACAGACAUACCUGAUCACUUUACAGAUAGCCAAAAAGCGACAGAAAGUUGGAAAAGAUACCUACGUAGCGAAGACAGUACUAUCGUCGAUGCGUUUGUAGGACAACUUCGUUCAUCUCUGCAGUGUACGUCCUGCGAUCACAUUUCAGUUACCCUAGAUCCAUUUUGGGAUUUAAGUUUGCCAAUACCUACACGAAGUGGUACAGUUAAACUUAAUCAGUGUCUCGAGCACUUUACAAAGACAGAGAUAAUGGAUGGUGAUGAAAAACCCACGUGUUCCAAGUGCCAGAUGAGAAGAAAGUGUACUAAACGAUUUAGCAUUCAAAAGUUUCCCAAAAUCUUAGUAAUUCAUUUGAAACGAUUUUCACCAACGGAAAGAUUCCGUUCGAAAUUGAGCGUCCUGGUUGAUUUUCCACUGACGGGGUUGGAUCUCAGUGCCUUUGCCGCAACUGGCGUUCAAGGAUGUACGUACAAUCUUUACGGAGUAGCUAAUCACUCGGGUACGCCGUACUCGGGUCAUUACACAGCCUACUGUAAGCAUCCUUACUCCGGUGAAUGGCACGAGUACAACGACAGUAGAGUGUCAUCAGUGUCAGCUAGCUCAGUAAUUUCCAGUGAGGCGUACGUUCUCUUCUACGAGCAGCAGUCACAGUCACAGCAGCAACAGCAGCCUCUUAGUCAUCAUUUGUAACCACACGCCACACUUGUUAGUGUACAGUACCAUCUUGCCUCGUGAGGAUUUUAUAUAAAUAAAAAUGUAAUACCUCAAGUCCAGUGUGUGACAAAUUGACUCGACGCCUUGUUAGUCGGCGAGUGCAGCAACAACUAAAUAAUAAUAUAAAAGCAGCUCGACAUCCGGAAGAAAAUUAAUAUCUAACACUAAGUGUCGGUGUAAUGAUAGAAAAAAAAGAUUUAAAAAGUAUAUAUAUAAUGCGUUAAUGAUGUCGGUUUUAGGUAUGAUAUUUAUUAGCCAAAAUAGGCGGGCAGCUGCAUUUCUUUUUGAUAUAUAUUAUUCAUUUUGUUGCUUGCUUUUUAUAUUAAUUUCUUCAUUUAUUAAUUGACUGUCUUUAAUUACUUAUAAUAUGACUACUAUAUGGUUUUACUAAAAUGAAAGUUUGACUAUUUAUACUAGACUUUAAAAAUUAUACAUUUUUUCUUCUAGAUUUCAAUUUAUUUAUUUUUUAAAAUUACUUGUUUAUACUAUACAUAUAUAUACAAAUAUAUUUCUCUCACAAUCAUUGUCUAUUUAAAAUAUAAAAUUUUAAUAAAUUUAUGAAAAUUACGUGUAUAAAAAUAACCCUUACGACUUAAUAGUAGGAACAAAUUGUAAAAAAUGUAUCCCCAUUUAACGUCAUGUAGGACAAAUUGUAAAAAAAAAAAAAAAAAAAAAAAUAAAAAAAAAAGUUUAUAAGUAAAUUU